AUGGAUUUUCCGAUUUGUGAGCCAGAUUCUUUUUUCAAUUCUGAUACCUUGCGGAUCUCCCUUCGGCUAGCCGCUUGUAUCACGUUGCCGAUAAACUUUGUCGCGUUCUACUGCAUCGCCUAUAAAUCGCCAUCGGCCAUGCAAAAGACCUACAAAUGGCUGUUGAUUAAUUGCCAAUUCUGGUGAGGAUCGUGCUCAGUUUUUUUCAGCAUCAGCUUUCUCGUCAAAAUUUAAUUUGUUGAUGAAGUAUUGUGAAGUUUGGCAUGGGCUAUUUAGAAAAAUACGCGAUGGCUCAUUCGAAAUUUAGUUCAAAAAUUAACAGAAAGGCAUUUCAUUUUUGUGAUGUUCGAAAGAACGAGAAAAAAGUUAAUCGACUCGUUCGCCUUUUUGGAAACUUAUUCUCCUCUAAAUUGGAUCAAAAUAAUUAAGGAGCCUUGUUUGGGAUCUUCUGGCUUCCGUUCUCAUCACUCCCGUGUUUUAUCUACCGGUUUGGGGCGGAUAUUCUAUCGGACUUUUACGAACUCUAGGCGUGCCGACCUCGAUACAAACUGAAAUCGGUUUUUUUGUGGUCAUUGGUAUGAUUUCAUAACUCAAAGGCAUAUGGGCGGAAAAAAAAGGCGAGAAAAUAAAUGGAGUUUUUUUAUUCAAAAAAAAUAUUCGUAUCAGUUAUUUUUUUGAGUAGAUCGCUCAAUUUACAAUAAAAAAAGCUCUACAAAAAUAUGAUUAUUAUCUCGAAUUCCAUUUAUAACUGCCAAUUCGCCUUUAAAAUGGUCAAAAACCUUGAAUUAAGCAAUGAUAGCGGCCAUUUAUUCCCUAUUCGAGCACCGACAUCACUGUGUAACUCGAAAGGACAGUUGCUUUUAUCUCACCAAUAAAACACGGCUCACUAUUUUUCUGAUUCUACUCAUUUUCUACGAGACUUCGGUUUUGUCCAUGUUUCUUCGUGUGCCAGAGGAUCAAGAUGCUGCCAAAAGAGAGGCCAUCGAGGUGAAUUUGACCUCCAAAACUGGAAACCUAGUCGAAUUCAGAGACUUGGAUGCAUUCCAGAAGCCAUUUUCACGUCGGCAGCCUAUAUCUUUGAUCGAACUAAUCGCACAAUUGUGACCCUUUUUCUGCUGGUCGCUAUUUCCCUCUUAAUCGGAUCUUUUUUUUGUUCUCGAAUCUACUAUUCGCUCCAGAAGAGCCAAAGUCAUAUGUCGGCGAAAACACGUCAGCAGCAGAAGCAGUUCUUUUACUCGUUAUUUUUCCAGGUUGGGAGGCUUUUGACUCCAAAAAACAUGAUAUUUUACAGAUCCUUAUGCCGAUACUAUUUGUAGCCGUUCCGCUGGUCUGUGUCUUUUUCUUUCAAUUUUUUGGCCUUCCUAUCAAAGGUGAACUUGUGACAAAAUUCGAAAGAUACAGGAAACUUUUUCAGCUCUUUCUACGAUGAGCACAUUUUCUUUUAGUCUUCAUGGUUUUGCCGCCACGAUAACACUCUUGUUAUCGAUUAAGCCUUAUCGAGUGUUUUUAUUCAAUUGUAUUUUGAGAAAAAAGGUUGGAGAAGUCGGCUUUUUAUGAAUGUUUUUUUCUCUUACAGAUUAAAAAUAAAACGACUUCCAACGGUUCAAACGUAUUGACCUUUAGGAAACCGUUUACUGAAUGAACAAUUUUUUGAAAAAAAGUUGAUUUCUUUUCUACCGCUUGAGUGACAAGUAGAUGCGACGAGGUCCUAUCCUGAUAUCCGUGAUAAUCAGUGGACAGGCCCUAAUUUGUGGAAAAUCCCGUCGACGCUUGACUGAUACGGAAUUUAGGAUAAAAAUAGUACGAAAAAUCUCAGUUUCAUCGCUGAAAUUGAAGAAAAAAGUUGGCGCAGGUAGAUUUAAUCACCUUAGUUUCAACUUUUAAUGACCCCAAAAUUCGAUGAAAUUCGAAAAUACUCAGAAAUUCUUUUAAAAAAUCGUGAAUACGACACCUUAUCUUCUCAGAAAUCACGAUAGAUAGAAAUAAAAUGAUAAGGGGAUAAAUUUGUCUACGUGAAGGACGAGCUCAUGUGGACUGGCCAUUGCCGAUUCGAAGCCUCUCGCGUAUUAUGUGAGUUUUUGAUCUCCUAACUGAACUUGACUCGAAACGAUUUGCCCCGACGGUUACUGUAAGCUUACAGGGACAGUCCGACACCAGCCGCGCCGCCGCGGAUAUAUUCUUCUGUGGGUUUUAUCCUAUCUUUAAAAAAAGUCAAUCGGUUAGUGAUAGUUGUCUACGUUGAAAAAGCUUUCUUCCAGCUUUCAAGGGUAUUUCGAAAACUAAAGUGUCUUCAUAUAGCUGAUUCACGGCUGGUUUAAGCCAUCGAAAAAAGUUCCUGAUUAGAAGAGAGACAUUGCCUGGUUGGUGGAGAGCGCAGACAAGUCUCAAGCUAGCCGUGAAUCGGCUAUAACAUCGUCUCUGAAACAUCAAUAACCUCUACUCUACUGAAAUCGUGCAAAGAGCAGUGCUUAUGCCAGAAUUUUCCAAAAAAAAAGCUUCAUGCAUUCUGCAAUUCAGCGCUUUGCAUUUUGCACAGAAGUGCCUCGCAUUUUGCGCUUUUUUCGUCUGUACAAAAGUGAGCUCAAACAGAAAUGCAAAAUGCAAAGCUCUGAAUUGCAGGGUGCAUGCAACUUUUUUUGCUGAAUGCCGGCAUAGGCACUGCUCUUUGCACGAAUUCAUUUUUUACCGUUUCAGAAGGCAACUCAAGCAAAAGAAGCAUCGCUGAACGGUUGGGACUACUGGUCACGUGUCUACAACGACGAAAACUCUCGCAAUUUGCCAAUGGUACUCAUUAAAUCUUUCAAAAUCUCCUCAGGGUAACGUGGGUUCUCCCGACAACAAUACUCCCUUCCAUCGUGGAAUUUUCUUAAAACCGCUCUUCAAUCUGAACAAAACGAGCUGCUGUACCAACUAUUCAACCUUCCAAACUUCUCGAGAACCAAAAUAUUACGAGCCAGCCAUGAAUCGACCACAAAACAAGUCCUAUAGUUUAGUCCAAAUUAAUCAACAUACAGGUUCAAAUUGAGCAAAAUUCAGCUUCUCCUACAGCUGAUUCGCGGCUGGCUUGAGCCGUCAAAAAGGGUCUUGACAGGAUAACAAAAAAGAAAGUUCCUGGUUGGCGGAGACCCCUUAGGCUAAGCUUUCCAAGUCUAAGCGAAACUGAAAAAUCUCCGCUUUCCCUAUAACCUCCUUGAACUUCCAAUCUUGCAGGAACAAGCACGCGAAAUGCGUAUUUCCGACCUACUUUCUUCUGAGACGCUGGUCCGGGCCAAGCUCGUUUUCCUCAACGUGCCCGGCCUCCCUACCGGCUACAAGAACAUCCUCCUCCAACUAAUCAAGCGCGAACUCAAGGAAGACCUUCCGAUUCAAGGAAUCGUCGUUCAGCCGGGAAAAUGGUGAGGUUAUUUUCCAAUGAGAAAUAGAAUUCUAGGUCUAGGUUCAUCAAUUUUUAUCGUCCCGAAGACGCUCUGAAGGUGAUGAAGGCAUUCAACGGCUACAACUACAGAUCUCAUACACUUGUUGUGCGGUACUGCAAUGUCGAUGGGACGGUGAGGAUUUCUUUUUCCUCUCAUGGAUCUUUGACCUCGUCGAUAAGAGAAAAGGAGGGUGCAGAUCGGUCAGACUGUUCCAAGUCGGGGCGAAUGAAGUAUACAAGUUGGGACUUGUUCUGCGCCAUUUGGGUUUAGGCUGAGUUGGAAAAAAAAUGAGCGUUAUGGUGAAAUUUUCUCUAAAUCAAAUAUGUUGUAGAACACGAUUUUUAGGAUUUUUGGAAAAAAAACUGAAUAUCAUCACUCGAGCCGUUUUUGAGAUACGGUAGCUCAAACGAAUACGGUGAAAAGCUUCAAAAUCUAUAUCACGACAAAAAUUCAACGAAACUCAACCAAAGCUCGUAAUAAGGUGCAAAAUAAUUUUAUUCAAUUUCUAAAAAUCAUUCAUCUCAUGUUUGCUCGUUAUUGCUCAUAUUAGAGAUAUUUUUUCCGGAAAAUCGAAACCGGUAUAUGAAGUUGCGAACCGGAGUUUUUUCUCGCUCUUAUCAAAACCAAAAAAAACAACUCUAUCUGAUGAGCCAAACAUGGAUUGGGCGAAUUUUCCAUCUAAGACCCGAAAAUUCCAAAAAACGUGUAAUUUUGGGUAAGUUUCCCGAAUAACUUUUUUAUUUCUUGUUCUUUUGGCUCAAAACUAGCAAAAUCGUGAUCAACGCGCAUUUUUACAACUACUAGGUCAUUUCCAGAUCGAAACAAAAAUAAAAAUUUUUUCACCCGAAAAAAAUUCUAUGUCCGGGAACCGAAAAAAUUUGUAUGCCCUGGGAUGGAAAUUUUCGAGGUUUUUCGCUCAUAACUUUUUUCGAAAUCAAAGUAUCUGGUCGAAACAAAGUUUUUUGCCUCCGUUACGGUUACCAUAACCAGGGGCAUACACCAUUCUAUGUUAACUAAAAAAUUUUUUUCCAAAAAAGGCCAUUUUCGAAAACCCCAGGGAGGAAAAGAUUUCGUUUUAGGUUCGUAGUUAAAAAAACGUUUGAAAUUUUUUUCAAAAUGUAUUUAAAAAAACUAUAUUUAGAUCCUUAUGAAGAGAGGAUUUCCCAAAAAAAUAAUUUAUAUAGGAAAGUGUAAAAAUGGGAAGUUUCGAGCUUUGAAAAAAAUUGAAGGUAGUAAAUCACUAGGACAUGUUUUUUUCGGACAGUAAAAAUUCUCAAGAUUUGACAUUUCAUGUUUAUAUCCAUGGACAUGUUUCUUCAGACAUUUUUCCCCUUUCAGCACAUGAAAAAAUUCAAAGGCAUCCUUCGGAUGCCAACAAAACUCGGGAAACCCAGUCGCCAUCGUGGGGGAGCCACGAAACAAAAGGAUUUGGGUUUCCCCCGCAAUUUUUCAAAAUUGAAUUAACCAGAACUCAACAAAAGUUUGAAAAUUCAACUCAUUGAAAAUUUUUUACUGAAAAACAUAUUCCCAAGUUGUGUGCCUUUCUGAAAAAUAACUAAUUGUCAUCCUCAAAAAAGCUUCAGAAAUCAUAUUUUGAUUAAGUCGAAUGUCUAACCUUUUGAGGUCUCAAUAACUCUAGUGAAGCUUUUAAUGACAGAAAAACUCAAGUUUUUUUGGCACAAAAUUUGGGAAUAUGUUUUUCAGUAAAAAAAUUUUCGAUGAGUUGAAUUUUCAAACUUUUGUUGAGUUCAGGUUGAUUCAAUUUUGAAAAAUUGCGGGGGAAACCCAAAUCCUUUUGUUUCGUGGCUCCCCCACGAUGGCGACUGAGUACAACUUCUUUUCUUGUUUAGUACGGCGAUGAAGCGACGCUGGUCGACAUGGUAAAGUCAGGCGUAGGGCUACCUGCGCGUAUUGCUCAGCCUACACAAGCUCAGCAAGUAUUUCUUCCGUCUCAGUACUGAACUUCUCAUUGUGCUGAUUUAGGAAAAUGUCAUCUCGGUGUGGAACAAGACCGAACGUGAGGGCCUUCAACACUUUGAAAGGUAUAACCUUUUUGGAGGAAAUUUGAGUCGACUUAAAGCUUUCUUUGUGUUUGAAUUUGAGAUGCACAUCAAAAACUGCAGAUAUUCAUGAGGAUAGAACCAUCAACCGGUGGGGAAAAUAGGCUCUUUUCUCAAGCUUCUAAAAAGACUAGAGAUUUUUUUAAGUUUGUUAAAUUCAGAAAAAUUGAAACUUCAUCGCGGAUGUUCUUUCUCAGAUUUAUCAUCAAUCUAUCAUUCCUAAUCUAAAAGCUUAAUCGAUUUGCUUCUUCUUUCCAGAGAACUAACAGAAAUGCUGACCAACUCGCCAAUGGUUCACUAUCAGAACGCUCUGACGGCGAUCCGCGUUAAUUUGGUUCAGAAAAAGUUGAUUUUUGUUUUACGAACAAGGUCAUUUCACUUUGUGGUUUUUCAAAAUGACCGGAAUACUCUUUGACCAGAGAAGGGCCUAUCUAGAUUUUUCCUAGAAAAGGAAGCUAUAUAGAUUUCAAAAUGUUCGUCUAGUAGAUCGGAGGAUUCUGACCAGUUUUAAGGAAAUUCUUAACCACUAAGUGAAAUGAACUUACUUCUUGGACCUCGGUACCGCAAAUCGGAGAAACACGGAAGUUUCUGAGCAAUUCUAGCAAUCACUUUCAGAACUCUUGAGAUUACUUGAAAUGCUCGGAAACGUCCGGUUUACGUUACUGAGGUCCGAGUUAUUGAUUCUUUUUUUACGUUUUUGAUCUUUUUCAGGUUACCCUCCUAUUUUAUCAGCGACGCGAUCGUCCAAUGGUCUACCGGUCUGUUGCGGCUUUUCAGUAAAGAUGUUUGGAGCAAAUUAGUUCUCUUGCUAAAAUCAAGGCUUCAGGUGAAGAUGCUGGGUAACUUUUUGUGCCUGACGUCUUCUGCGGCCUACGCGCAGCGGAUUCGCGAUUCUGCCAAGCAAGGCUUCAUUUGCACGACGGUCAAGGAUUCCUGGGAGCCGUACCUUCCUCUGGAAGUUCGGUCCGAAGUUCAGCUCCGCGACUACGUCGAGGCCUUCCUUCUCCAUUUUGGUCCUCAGAAUAUUAAGGUCGGAAAACCCUAUGAGCCUAACGUGCCGUAGUGAUAUGGCAGAAAAUGUGUUCUGAGCUGAUGCGUUCCGCCUUAGUUGUGAUUAGUUGGAUAAAAUCAAAUGGUUAGAUGGUGACUUAUCCAAUAGUUAACAAGACUUUGAUCUCUUAUCAAAUUUCCAAACCCUUUUUCGCCAAUUUUUUCCCAAAUGACGUCAUGAUCUCAGCUAUUCGAAAAUAGUUGUAUUGAACUUUUCAUCUUUCCAGUUAUACCAUUCUUUUUUCUUUUUGAGUCUUUUCACUUGCAGAUCGACAUUCCGUUCCGCAUUCUUUUGCAUAUAUUGCCGGGACUUUGGCCAAAAACAGUCCCCGAGCUGGCCGAAUGCCUUCAAAAGUGAGUCGAAGACAGACGACGCCCCUGACGUCUUUCCAGAAUUUCAUCUCGUUUUGUCGUCAUAAAUCACGUACUCUACAUCUCAACUAGCGAGAAGCACUAUGAGCACAUUAUUGACAAUCUCGCGGUUUGUUUCCUUUUCUAUUCCGUCGCUUCGCUAGCACGUAACCUUUCCUAAUGAUUCUUACACCAUUAGAUCCAUCUUUCCACGUUCCUUCCAACCAAACCAAUUUCAGUCCUUCCAAUACGACAGUGAGGACAGUCUCGACUCCGAAGCCGAGGUGGAGUACCAGCAGGUCGACGUGACGCCCUUUGCGUUGCUCUAA